UGGUACAAUUUAAAUUUAAAGACCAACGAAAUUUCUAACGAGAAAGAAUUCAUUUUUAAAGACGCUAUUCAUUCAUGAUAGCGUCAUAAUUUUUAUUUUCAUAGUUUAAUAAUAAUUACUUUGAAAUGGACCAAAAUAAACGCGCAAAAAAAGAAGAAGAAGAAAAUCUGAUUGUUUUUGAGGAGGCUCAGCUUCCUGUAACAAUAUCAGAUCUAAGGAAACCUACUAAUGAAUUUAUUACUAAAUUAAUUGAAAUAUUUUGUAAUACAUUUCAAAUAGAUGGAAAUACAAUCAAACAGCCUACAUUGGAGCAAUAUGAGAUUAUACUUUCGGAUAAUCCAGAAUUAUACGAUGAUUUUAUAAAGAGCAUAAAUACUUUUGCUGCAAUAAGUGGAAUUUCUGAGAAAUUGUUUUUUAAAGAUUUACAGUUUUCUGAUAUUGAGAAUCCAACUCCCAAAAGAACAUUAAAGUUAACUACAUUUUUAGCAAAUUUUAUCAUUUAUUUUCGAAAUAAAGUACCAGAACUUAAGGAGCGUAUUAAUAAAUUAGAAGAAAAACGAAAUGAUAUACUUGAAAUAAAAAGAAAAACACAAGAAUUACAGGAAAAAAUAGAUGGAAAUAGAAAAUAUAAUGAAUGGAGAGCAAUUGAAAAUGAAAAGUUAAAAAUUGAAAUUGAAGAAAUGCGUCAGAAAGCUAAGAUGAAAAAAAAUGAAAUGGAUAAAAAACAAGUGAUAAUAAGUCGUUUAGAAAAAAAAUUGACAAAAAAUAAAGAAAAAUAUAAUGAGAAAAAAUCAAAAGCUAACGAGAUCAACGCUACGACUAAUAAAUUAAAAGCACAAAUAGUUGAAUCACCUGAGAAAUUGUAUGCUGAAAUAGAAAAAUUUGAAAAAGAAAGGGAACAAAAAAUUCAUCAAACAAAAAUGUUUUAUGAAUCAUUGGAGAAAAAAAGUGAAUUACUAGAGAAGAAAGAACAAACAAUGUCAUUAGUUACAGAGGAAUCGGAUAAACUUGCUCAAGCAAUUGAUAUAAUCACAAAUUUAAAAGAAUGUCUUUCAAAAUUAGAAACAAUAAGAAAGGAAAUGAAAAAUAAAAACGCCAAUAUUUUAAAAUUAGAAAAAAAAGAAAAACAAAUGGAACAAAAACAUUGUCACUCAACAAGUAAUUUAAAUGAUUUAAAGGGUGAAAUAAAAGGUCGUAUAUUAAUUCAUCAUAGAAAAUAUAAUGAAUUACUGGAGAAUUCAAAAGCAUUAGAAAUAGAAGUUGAAAAAGAGCAAGAAGAAUAUUGUGAUGCCUCAAAAAAAAAAGAUGCCAUCUGUAAAGAAAUAUUAACUCUUGAAGAGGAUAAUGAACGUUUUUUAAAUGAAUGCAAUGAACUUUAUCGCAAGGAAAUUUCAUCGGAGAUAGACUUUGCUAAUAAAGUAAUGGAAUUCAAAAAUAUGGACGAAGAAAAGUAAAUAAUCUUUUAUUAUUGAGUUUA